GUGGUCAGCGCAGCCAUUUCCGUGCCCCUCACGGAAAAACAUGCAGGGGGUGGCAUUUGUCCAUCACGCGCACAGCUAAAUCAGUCAUGACUUUGGCUGCACGACUUCACGCUGAAGUCUGCAUCAUCGAUUAACAGCCGAGAUCUCCAAACUUUCUCCUCAAUUCAACGCCUGCGCAGACAAUACAAGCUCUCUCCCUUCAGCUCCUGCUCCCUUUUCCUUUUUUUUUUUCCUGCUUCUGUGUCAGCCAUGGAGGGAGAUCUGCAAGGAGGCAGCAACCACGUCGCAGCGCUGCAUGUGAAAACUGAAGCGGUGGAUGAAAAUGCAUCUGCGCUGGUUUUGGGCAGGCAGGAGUCGCCUGCGCCCUGCGGAGAUACCGCAUGCAGAGGAGGAGGAGGAGGGGAACAGACUGCAGAGGAGCUGGCUGACACAGAGCUGCAAGCUGCCACGACAACUACUCCUGUACUAUUGUACCCUGUUAGCACAGAGCGUUUCUUCACCACAUCUGGGGAUGGAAAAACAUACCUGAAGAUAGCUCCAGCUUCAGUAAUGCCCCCUGCUCCUUCCGAGAAGACGCUUUGCUCCGGCUCGGAUUUCUCUUCCAAAGCCGUUCUGUGUCUGAUUGAGGCCGUCGGGCGUCGCUGGGGUCUCUAUGAGACUCGGGAACGCUCGCAGCUCUUCCAGAGUGUCCAAGAGGAGAUGGCCUCCAAGGGGCACAUACUGCCUGUUGAGAAAAUCCGUCGCAAGUGGAACAACCUCAUUGUGACAUACAAGAGGGUUAAAGACCGCAGCCGGGAGACGGGACAUGCUAAGACGUCUUGGGAGUUCUUUGAUUUGAUGGACGCCACCCUCUGCGACACCAUUGGCACUCAGAUCGUCAACAACAAACGAAACAAAGGCGGCAGCACGGUUUCUACACUGCCUGCUCCUUUGGCUAAGAUCGCUGCAAAGCCCCUGCAGCUUCCACAGCCGACAUCCACCAUCAUCCGUCCUAGCAGUGACUUCGCUGCUGUUGCUGGUGGUGGUGGUGUGGACUCAGUAGGUCUGGGCUCCAGUGCUGGCACCGCUCCCAGUACGUCGGUGACUGCAGCGACCAUUAGCUCAACUAAUGCUCCAGACCUCAAGCCCCUGAUCGUCCUCAAUGGUGACAUUGUUACUACUAGUAUUCACCCAGCCACCAUUGUGCCAGCUCCUUCUUUUAUCUCCUCGCCUUGUUUUACAGAAACAGCCACCACAUCCCCUUCCCUCAUCUCAGCCAGCAACACAGACCUCAACACACUGGGCUACACGAGCCGCAAAGCUCCAUCCAUCUCAUCAGGUGUUAUCCCUUUUCGCCUGAGUACAACAUCGCUCACCCAAAGCCAGAAUCUCCUCAGCCUCUCCUCUUCAUUCCCCCUCACAUCCUCCUGCCUCACUUCCUCUGCAGCCACCUCUUUGUCUACAACAACUGUGUCUGGAACUGAAGGACAGAACCAGAAGGCGAAAGCGGAGCAAGGUGGCUCCACUUUGUUCCAGGAGAUUCUGAAGCGACAGGAGGAGCAGGCCUACCUCGAUCGAGUGGCUCGCCGCAGGGUUGAAGCCAGAGAGAAGAGGCGCGAGAGGAGGGAGGUGCGAAUGUCCGAGUCCCUAGGAAGGAUAGCCACGGCCCUGGAGCUGCUCUCCUCCAAACAGGACACAGUCAUCGCCCUCCUACAGAGGCUGGCUGAUCGGAAAUAAUCUACGGUGAAAUUCUGGAAAGUAGAAUCUCCUGACCUUGUUUUUUUUCCCACCUGAGAUCCUCCUUAUGAAGUUCUCAUGCACUAUAAUGCUACUUUAAUGAGCAUAAUUUAAUAUACAUGUGAAUUUGACGAACUCUUAACUAAAUAACAGACAAGCGCAAAGGUGAGUCAUUGUUCCGUGCUUUUAAAUUGUUGUGCUUUGUAAAUAUGUUAGUUUGCUUCAUUAACAUCAAAUAAAAAGAUUCUUU